AAUAACUUGUCAGAUCAUCUUCGAAAAUUUCCACACAUUCUAAUAAAAAAUAUGAGUAGCUGGGAAAGAGAAAAAGAUAAAUAUCUCAAAAUGAGAGCAGACGAGAAGCAUAAGAAUUCUAUUUCACUUGAAAAAAUUCCUACUUGGAAGCAUAUGUCUGAAUCGGAAAAAUUGCCGAAUCCAGUGAAAAAAAUGGACAAUUGCCCUAUUGAUGCUAGUUUGAAUGAAAAAUUAGCAGAAAAAAUAUCCAUAUUUGAGGGUGAUAUCACUAAAUUAGCGAUUGAUGCUAUCGUUAAUGCAGCGAAUUCAAGUCUUCAAGGAGGUGGAGGAGUUGAUGGUGCAAUUCACAGAGCAGCUGGUAGUUUUCUUAAAUUAGAAGGUGCUACUCUAGCUCCUUGUAAAACGGGAGAUGCUAAGAUAACUGGAGGUUACCAGCUACCAGCCAAAUAUGUGAUCCACACAGUAGGCCCUAGGUUGGAUAGAGGCCAACUAGAAAAUAGUCAUGUUCGUUUACUUGAGAACUGCUACAGCAACAGUUUGCAGUUACUUGUUUCAAAAAAUUUGAGAUCAAUUGCCUUUCCCUGUAUUUCUACGGGUAUAUAUGGUUAUCCUAAUCUACCUGCAGCACAUACUGCAGCCUAUGAAGUUCGUAAAUUUUUAGAGAAGGAGCAUACCAAAGUUGACAGAGUGAUCUUCUGCUUAUUCUUGCAACAGGAUAAGCAAAUAUAUCGAGAGGUGUUACAAAGCUAUUUUCCCCCAUCUCAUUAAUUUUUUCUUUUUGUAUUUAUUUAUAGUUCUUAUUCGUUAUUGAUUAGUUUGAUAUAAUAAAUGACUGAAAACUA